AUGGCAGCAUCGUCCACCAAAAUCCUGACGGGAUCCUGCCACUGCCGCAAGGUUCAAUUUACGCUGAAUGUGCCCACCGAAGCCCUCCCAUUGAAAAUCCAUCUCUGCCACUGCACGAUCUGUCGUUAUAGCUACGGCACACUAUGCUGCUUUCACGCGCCAUUGCCCGCAGGUGUGCAACCACAAUUCAUCGCGCCAUCCAGCCUGGACCAGAUGACUUCGUACACGCAUCCAAGCUUCCGGUCGCUCAAGUGGUCCUGCAGCCAUUGCGGCUGUCAUAUCGGAGACCAGGGGAUCGAGGACGGCGGGUGGACGAUUUCGAGUGCGAUCUUCGACGUCAACAGAGACGACCCAGAAAUCUGGAAAUUCAACAGCCAUAUGUGCCCGAGCUCGACGCCGGACGGAGGACUCAGUGCUGUGUUUUCUACAGUGGAUGGGCAUCGCCUGGAAAUGAACGAUCUAGGCGAGCCGGCGCCGUCGACCACGGCGCCUGCAGUUAGUUCAUUGCCUCGACGCGAUGAGAACGACAAGCUACUGGCGCAGUGCCAUUGCGGCGGCGUAUCGUUCACAAUCUCCCGGCCGCGAGAUGACUUCCUCGCCAGUCCGCACAGCAAAGGAUGGGUUUCCUCGAUUGACCCGAAACGAUGGCUCGCCUGUCUGGAUCUCUGCGACGACUGCCGGCUGGUCAGCGGCGGGAAUGUUCUGGCGUGGAUGUUCGUCCCCAAGGAUCAUAUUUCGCCGCCAAUGCCGCCGGACCUGAUGAUCGGGUCAUCCAAGGGCUACCAGUCAACCGACGACGUGCUGCGAACCUUCUGCGGGACCUGCGGUGCGACAGUGUUCUACUACUGCGAGGCGCGACCGGGGAUCGUCGAUGUGGCAGUUGGUCUGCUGCGAGCGCCGGAGGGUGCCAUGGCCGAGCAGUGGGCCGUGUGGAGAGCGGGCAGGCCGUCCUGGCCAGAGAAUGGGCUGCGCUACCACGCAGGGUUUAGCCGAGCUCUGAUCGAAGGCAUGAAGAAAUGGGGGGCAGAGCGAGGCCACGCGCAGGACUUCGUGAUCCCGUAG